AUGUAUAGGAGAAAGCCUGUGGAAAUCAAUGGUGAUGUUGCCGAAAUCUCUCUGCCAGUGGUUAAGUUCCCACCCUUCAAGUUGAGGGCAUUGCUAAUUGAAAAGGAUCCGGUCGUUUGGUUACACUGUCUGGAGACGUAUGUCAAGUAUAUGGACUAUCUACUGCUCGAGAAUAAUAUAGAGAAAGUGGAUGAGAUCACAUAUAAUAAUAUCUGUCAUUUUGUCAAGAGUUAUCUGCAUGAAAUGGCAGAGGAAAAGGCAAAAGUCUUGAGCCUUGGUAUGAAUAGCGAUGUUACUGAAGUACUGAACAUUCUGAAGGAUAGGAUUUUGAAUCUUCUCCAGAGAUGCGGACUGCUUCAUUUGCAAGUGCAUGGUGACUCUCUUUGGGAUUUGGUGAAAGUCUAUGUGGAUCAGAAAAGCUCUGUGGUAAGGGCAUUGCUAGAUGGUUCGUGCAAACCAUCAAUCAAUACUCAAAAGGCGUCAUUGAGCAGGAUUUCUCAAGUUCAAAAGGGUUUGAAGCAUCUUGUGGAGUCUGGUGGUUUCACUAGGGUGGAUCUUAGAGCAUUCGAAGAUUUGCUUAGCGACACACCGCUGAAGACAACGCCGUUCGCAAAGCGGUUUCUAACUGCAAGUUGGUUGGAGACUUUGGAGGUUCUGUGGGCGAAAGGCCGAGGAAGGUUUAGUACCUUUGCCAAGCAGCUCGCAAUCAUUACGCUGUUUUCGGUUUCAGCGGAGGAUAUCUCCCGUACAACAAAGGACAUGGGUCUGGCUACAUUGGACACUGCUGAAUUAUAUCCGUUGCUGGGGUCCUUGCUCCUCAGUGAAAAUUUGAGGCAAAUGAAACCAGCUUUGGUCUCCUCGCUGCCGCAGUUCAAUGUCAAUAUCGAAGAAAUCGCUUCGCCGCUGGAUGAAUCAGCACUUGCUGCAAUUGCAGAGCUAUUCCCGCAUUUAACUAAACACCAACUGUCAUAUCUAUUGCGGCAGUUCGAGGGCAGCGUCGAGAUGGCGACGAAUGCUAUUUUCGAGGAUCCAAGUAUCAUUGAUGCGAUACCGAAACAGGCACCAAGCGAGACUGACCAUGCUGAUGAGAACCAAACCAGCGAAGAGCUUGCGAUUCACUCAUCGAAAAAAUCUUAUUCAUCAGAAAACGCUUCAUAUGGUACUGUCAACCAAGAAGUGCCUGAUGAACUACGAAACAGGACUUUAACUAGAGCUAUGCGAUUGAUAUAUCAGGCAGAUGAAGACGAGCGUGACGACACUUAUGAUGAAGCUGAAGUGUCCCGAUCAGUGGGUAAAAUAUCAAUUGAUGAUGAAAACGAGAAUGAUAGUGCUUCCAAUUCAAGUAAAACAACGGUCUCAGAGGCGGAUAGAAUCGAAGGAUUUCUCUGGGAGUUGUUGAAGGAGGAAAGAUCCCUGUUUGAUAGAUCUACGAGAGGUAGCAAGGUCAGGAAGUGGAUGAAAAAGGAAACAAAUUGGUCUGACGAACAAAUUGAGGGAUGGGCUCGUAUGUUAGAAAAGUCGCCACAGCGUGCUAGAAUUUUGGAGGAGAAGUUCAUGUUCAGAGGAAACGUCAAAACGGGAAAAACUGCUUAUGUCAAGAAUCGGAAUGAUAAUGAGAUUAAUAACAUCCGGAAUGAUGAAGAGGUGCAAAAGGUCCCGAAAAAGAGCUCCACAACGCCGGCAGAUAAGAAGAGGCAACAUGCUAGAAACGAGAGAAAGAAGAGUUCUAAAGCGAAUCAUAACCGGAAAGCGGCUCACGAUAAGAAGUUAUCUAGGUAG